AAUGUUAAAUGCGAUUCAAAUUUCAAUACCUUCCAAAUCCUUUGCGCGCCCUGUUGCAAAAUUGUAAUAAUUAUCUAUAUUUGUUAGUGAGCCAACCAGAAACAAAUCGAUUGUCCUCUGAUCCUGUUUCAAACGAAGAUAAUAGUAAUAAUGAAUGUAGUAGUGAUUGUGGGUUAGUGAAUAAUCUCAAUGCUCUACCUCCUACACCAAUUAAUUCUCAUUUCCCAUGGAGUCAAAAUAAUCAGAACUUCACAGAAGAAUUGCGUCGACAAUCAUCUCUUUCACGAGGUCUAGGUUCAGUUCGUAGCGGGAGACGUGAUUCUUCAAGAGAUAGGCAUAAAAUGUACAAAACCCUACCAUCUGGAGUAGUCAAUAAAAUAAUGUGCUUUCCAAUGGUAGACUUGAAAUUCGUAAAUACGGGUUCCAGAAUUCCUACAGUCAAGCUAAAAUUUGAUGAUCCCAGAAGAUUUUUCGAUUCAAAUUUCCGGUAUGAUGACGUAAAACUCAUCCAAAAUGUAUACACACAUAUUCGUCAGAGACGUAAAAGAGCUUCAUUUUAUUAUAACCCAUGUAAUCCUGAGAGUACUAAAUCAUCAGAACCAAAUGUUCGUUACAACUACACUAUGCAAAGAUCACAAGUGAUACAGGUAGUCCAGGCUGAUAAGUUGAUUUUCUACUCUGAGGUAUAUAUAUAUAACCCACCAUCAUUUAACUUCUCGUGUGUAUGAAUCCUUUAGCUUGUUUCCAUAAAUUCGUUAACCGUACUUAAUGUAACUGCUACCUUUAUGAAGGUAAAGCAUAUCUACACCUACUACUAACAACGUUUCAUCCCAUACUAAUCAAGUGUGUUGUGACAAUUUUUCACUGGUUACACAACAGCAAAUUAUAAAAUUGUCACUUAUCUGCAAUUCUUCCUUGAUUUUUGCGUCAUUAGGUAAAGGAUAAUACUGGCCGCUUGGGACAAUCAAAUUUGCGUUCAACUGUUGGUCGUCAAUUAAAACGUCACAUACAUAAUACUCGUAUCGCGAUGUCGGCGACGCAAAACAAUGAACUAACUGAACUUGUAAACAAUAAUAAUAAUGAUGAUGACGAUGGAUUUGCUGAUCCACCAACUCCAACAAAUGAACCGAAUGAUGAUGAAGAGAAACAACAGUACAAAUAAAUAUUUUCCGCCUUCUUUUUAACUUUGAAUCUAAAUUGCUUUGACUUUUUUACCCUAGUUAGUAACUUUUGUAUCGAACUAAUAAUAUAUUCAUCUAUUUGCUUUCUUUUUUAAAAUAACUUUUUUUCAGAAAACAAGAUUAUAUAUAUUCAUAAUAUAUUUUGUGCCAAAAUUUUAAUCUGGGAUUUAAUAAAUGAUUGGUAAUAAAAUUUUCUUUUGGUUAAAAAUAAAGAAAGUAUAUUCUAUUGAUUUGUUUCCUCCUUUUUUAUUGCAUCAAUAUCCUUGUAUGAAGCAUCAUGACUAGAAUUGUUGUGGAUAUUUGUUUGAUCACAAGUAUUAUCUUUAUUUGAACGCUUAAGAAAUUGCAUCAUUAUAUUUGAGCUACCAUAAGAUUUAAUCAUUUUCCUGUAAAUAAGUAAUGGAAAAUAAAAAUAAUUCAUAUUGAAUUCAAUUUGUUGGU